UUUAAAAAAAUAAUGAGACUACUGCAUUACUUCUUAUUAACUCUGAUUCUCAUUAAUAAAGUUUAUUCAAAGAGCCGUAAAAAUAAAAAUGUAUAUUUAAAUAUUAACGAAAGUUAUGGGUGCUUUAGAAUGCUUAAUGGUACUCAUCAAAUUGGAUGCAGCUCAAAAAUGAGAGGUGGAAAUAAUGGAAUAAUAUAUUUUGUAUUAAAUGAAGCCGUUUUGGACAAAUUGAUAAAUAAUGAUAGUGAAUUUGAUUAUAUAGCUAUGAUAUAUCCUAAUUUAUUUAAUUAUAAAAAUUUAAUUAAAAUGAAAAAUUGUAAACAUAUAACUGGUGCUUUAUUGUUAAACACACUAAAUGGUACUAAAUUAGAUGAAAUACCACAUUUCUCUCCAGAUCAAGCCUGUCCUAACAGACAAUCUGAUUAUUAUACUGGCAUUGAUAAAUAUGAAAAUUGCAAAUAUAUUGAAUGGAAUCAUGGACAAGGUAUCUUUUUUAAUGAUUGGGGUGACUUUCCAAUAUUUAUGGUCAAAGAUGAAGAAUCAAUACAUACACUAAUGGAUAAAUGUUUUUUGAAGUAUAAUGUAAAUAUUACUGAAAAAUUUAGCUCCAAUUAUGAGCCUAUAUGUUCAGCUCAAAUGAUAUUUGAAAUGUAUGCUGUAAAGGAUAAAGCAACUUGUAUGAGAAGAGGGGAUAUAGGAAAUUCAUUGACUGACUCACGACAAUGCAUGGAAAUAGGGGACAACAAUAUUUGGUUCUUGCUAAAGCCUACUAAUAAAUCUAAACCUUUAAAGGCACGGUCGAUGGUACUUUUGGCAACCAGGAUGGACGCUCUCACCAUGUUCGACGAUAUAGCUCCCGCCGCCGAAAGCGCCGUUCUAAGCGUUAUAACUAUGUUGAUCGUGGCCGAAGCGCUGGCUAGAACUAACGCGGAAAACGCUAUCCAAUAUCUCGAUAAAAAUGUUAUGUUUAUGUUUUUCAACGGGGAAUCAUACGAUUACAUUGGCUCCACCAACCUCGUCUACGAUAUGAACAUUGGUCAAGCAUUUCCCAAACUAUUGGAUUCUAAAAUCGUGAAUCAAUCAGCGCUCAUCAACACAUCCCACAUAUCUCACUUCAUAGAAAUUGGUCAAGUGGGCUUGGCUAAUCAUUUGAAUUACUAUAUACAUGCCGACCCUUUAUCCAGAAAGAAACACGGAAAUGUUGAUAAAGAAAUAAAACACAUGUCUGAGCUACUUGCCCUUCCUUUCCCUCCCAGAUUCCCCUACGAGAAAAUCAAUGUGAAACCCGUCAAAGAUAAGGAUCAACCCUUGCCACCUUCCUCCUUGCAAAGUUUUCUCAAGACCGACGAUUUCAUCCCCGGAAUUUACAUAGCGGACCACGAACGAGAAUUCGAGAAUCGAUUUUACCACAGUAUAUUGGACAAUUUAAAUACCAUUCGCUCCCUUCAUGGUCAUGCAUCUGAUCUGGAAUUUCUCAUUGACAGCAUUCAUGGACUCUCAAUCAAUUUAGCUAACUUCGUUUAUAGGCUUAUCAAAACGAAUGAUACGGUGGAUCCUAAAGAGCGGCCUAUCGAAAUUAACAGAACACUGAUUUACGACCUUAUCGAUUGUUUUUUGGUCAAUUCCUCUUGCAAAUUUUGGAAACAAUUUUCAAACUACGUAUCUUUGGAUCCCCGGCUUCCUUCCCUCUCUUAUUACGUUAGCGUUAGAGACAGAGUACAACCCUACACCCAAUUAACCCAGCUCACACUGGCCUACUUGACUGUGAAUAAUAUCGAUUCCGAUAUAAAAACCCAAAAGGAAUGUUUUGAUAUGAAUAUUCGACAAUCUAUUUAUUCUUAUAUCUGGUUCCCUUCAUAUAUCGGGCUCCAUGAUGUCUCUAACAAACAAUACCCCGCUUGCGCGGCAACCUUGACCUGGUCCCAUAAAUCUGCCCUAUCUUCCCCUUGGGUGGAAAGCACAUGGAGUGGUCCCGCUUCUUUACGCCUUUAUUUCAGACCCAACAGGCGUUUAGAUUACGCUAUUCUAGCCGUCGGUUUAAGCUUUACUGGUUUAGCACUAGUUUUCAGUCUCUUUUUCACGAGGUAUGCCGAUACGUUAUUUACUACGCCAGCUGAUUCGAGGGAAAGAGAAUCAGAUGCCUCCAACAAUUCUAACCCGAUUCCGGAACCAACACAAUUGAAUUAUUAGUUCUGGAUAUUAAUAUGAAAUCUAAAUGAAUUGAGGAUAUAUUCACAAGAAUAUCUAAUAUCCGUUUCGUUAUUUUAUUAAUUUUAAUUUAGAUAUUUUGACUGGAGGUCUGUGAAUUAUCUUCGAAACCUUGAUCAAAUAUUCCUGGUUUUUUUAAUAAAUUUGAUAGAUUAUAAUGAUGUUUACAGAUUCGGUAUAAUUAUAAAAUAAUGAAAUUGUGAUUAAAAAAAAUACUUCCUAUCCUAUACUUCUCUAAAUGAAAAAUGAUAAUAUAUGAAUAACUAAUUUACGAAUAUUUAUAUGAACUUUUUUACAACUGAUUUUAUCAAAUAUAAUUCAUGAUCUUAUUUAUUUAAUUUUUUAAAUAUGAAUUUUUGUUUUCGGAUUACAUGAAAAAUAACUAUAACACCACGCUUAAAAACUUAGCAACGAAAAAUUAAUUUAAACGAUUUAUCGAGUAGUGCUUAAAAUAAUGGAACGAACAGAUUGGAAUCUAAGAAUCGGAUAGAACUUUAAAAAAUGCGAUUCUUAUAAUUAAUCGGCGCUAAGAACGAAAUUAUUUGAAAAUACUUUUAAUGAUUAAACUUGUUGAUUUUAUAAAAUUGUAUCUUAUUUUUAUAUGGAUAUUUUUGUAUCAAUGUAAAUGUAACUUAUUAUUUUGAUUAAAAUAUUUUUUUUUAAUUUAUCUCACAUUCACCCUAA